AUGCGGGCGAGGACGCCUGGGCCCAUCAUCGUGGAUGUCCCGGCCAAGCCACCCAUCAUCAUCGACAUUCCUGCCCGCCCGAGGAGUAGAAGUGUCGGCAGGAAAGGCCCGCUGAUGGUGGACCCGGGCUUGAGCGGAGGUAGAGGCAUGUUCAAAAGAUUGAUUGUCGCAUGUGAUGGGACGUGGAUGAACUCGGACAACGGGAUGCUGAAUGGGAAACUGGCUGUUCCGAGCAAUGUUACUCGCAUUUCAAGAGCCAUCAAGACGAUCAGCCAGGAUGGCAUUCCCCAGAUUGUGAACUAUUCCUUCGGCGUCGGCACGCAGGGAAGCCAUAUAAGCCGCAUUGUCGGAGGUGCGGUAGGUGAGGGGCUCGCAGACAACGUCCGCGAAGCAUACUCGUUCCUGGCAAACAACUACCACCCAGGCGACGAGAUCUUCCUCCUGGGUUUCUCGCGGGGCGCCUUCACCGCACGCAGCAUUGGCGGGCUGAUCGGUGAGGUUGGUCUCCUCACUAAGAAAGGAUUGAACGAUCUUCCCGAAGUCUUCCGGGACGUGCAGCAUCGUCGUGAUCCAAACUAUCAGCCCUACAACCCGGAUCUGCCCUUUCCGAGGAAACCUAGCGCUAGUGAUCCUCGCUAUGCGGAUGAGCUAGAGAGGAGGGGAUUGACGAGGUUGGGCGUUCCCAUCAAGGCUAUCGGGGUUUGGGAUACAGUGGGGAGUCUUGGCGCACCGCGGAUUGGCAAGCUUCAGCGGAUCGGCCUGCAGAGCAAGGAGUCGAAGGAGAUGGCCUUCUACGACACCAAGCUCAGCAACUGCAUUGAGAAUGCGUUUCAAGCGCUCGCUCUGGACGAACGACGGUCGUCGUUUGCCCCCGCGGUAUGGGAGAAGCCCGAGGGGAAUCGAACUACGCUGCGUCAAGUAUGGUUUCCGGGUGCGCAUUCCAACGUCGGCGGUGGGUACGAUGACCAACAGCUCGCCAACAUUACUCUCGCGUGGAUGAUGAGCCAGCUCGAGCCAUUCCUAGACAUGCGGGAUGACUACCUGUUCGAGCAAGACGACGAGAACGAUCGCUGGUACAAGCGAGACGGGCAACGAGAGCGACCAUGGAGUUUCGGCGAGGUCUACAACAGCCUAACGGGCCUCUUCGCAAUAGGCGGCAGCUCCAUCCGCACACCAGGCCAAUACCACGCCGUCGACCCCUUCACAGGCCGCACAACAGACCGGCCCCUCCGCCAAACAAACGAAUACAUCCACCCCUCAGUCCGCACGCGCUUCCGGCUCUCCGGUCCCGGCGUAGCAGACAAAGGCAUCUACGAGUGCCGCGCCCUCGCCGACCACUACAAAGUCAUCGUCGACUACGGCCUCAACAGCGCACGCACCGCAGACCCAGAAGUCUUCUGGAAAACAAAAUACCGCGACUCGGACGCCGUCCGCGUCCUCCCCGAAGCCCCGCUAUGGCGCCUCGAACGCGAACUCGCACGCAAAGACAAGGAGACGUAUGAUUUUGUCAAAAGACCGCCCGCGACGGGCAAGAAGAGGAAGAGCAUGAGGCCUGGCACGGCGGUCCCGAGCGCCGUUCUAGGCAGCACUGUGAGUCGGAGGAGGAGGGAGACGUUUUCGCCGCGCUCGACGUUCGCGGGGGAUGAGCGCAGCGCUGCGGGGGGGACGCCCACGGGAGGCGGCGGCGGGAGGGGGUUCGAAGGGCGCGAACCGCGAAGGAGCAGUGCUGCGGUCGAGAAGAGGAGUCGUGCGCGCAGUAAGAGUCGGCCCCGCAGUGCGGAGUUUGACCGCGAGACGGUGAUUAGAGAUGAGAUGCCGCAUCGGCGGGAGAAGGAUAAGGCGUGGUGGGAGGGGCGGAAGUAG